AUGUCUUUUUUUACCAAUCGAUUAUAUCCACGUGGAAGUGCUGAAUUUAUUGUUGCAAAUGAUACCACUAACAUAAAAUUAUGUCAAGAUGGAAUACUAAAAGUAGCUGAACUUAUCAUGAGCAAUGAUUUUACGGAAGACACAUUUUUUUCACUUGAUGUUCAUCCACAAAUGGCUAAUCGUAAAGCUAUUGAUUGGAUUUUUCUUGUUGAUACAAUCAAUUUCUCAUUUUGGUCCGAUGAUGUAAAUUUUAAAGUAACAUUUCACGACAAACAACAUACAGGUUAUUUCGCUGCAUGUGCAUGCAUUAAUCGAGCCUUAGAAGGAAGCAUACCGAUUACGAAUCCUGAUUAUAUGGAAAACAUAACUGAGGAUGAUGUUAGAAGAAUCUUCAGAACUGAUGAUGGAAGGGAAAUCCCUUUAUUAAAAGAACGAGUGGAAGUGAUAAAUGAAGCCGGCAGAAUACUUAAUCAGGAAUUUGAUGGAACAUUUUACAAUUGCGUUUUGAAAUGCAAUAGAAGUGCCAUUAAACUGAUGGAGUGUGUUGUUGAAUAUUUUGGAAGUUACCGUGACUUUGCUACCUACAAAGGACAAAAAAUUUCCUUUCUCAAGCGAGCACAAAUCCUUGUGAGUGAUAUUUACUCAUGUAUGCGAAAAAUUGACGAUGCAUGCUACUUUCAUGACAUUAAUGAACUUACAAUGUUUGCCGAUUAUCGUGUACCACAAGUACUUCACUUCCUAGGUGUACUGAAAUACUCGCCAGCACUAAUGAAAAAGCUAAAUGAAAAAGAAUUACUACAAAAUGGUUCAGAAUAUGAAGUGGAACUUCGGGGAUUCUCAAUCAAGGCUUGUGAUGACAUUGUGAAAGUAAUACAGCAGAAAGCAACGGACGGCAGUUACACUAUGUACAAUGCAGCUUAUGUAGACAAUUUUUUAUGGUUAUAUCGACGAAAAAAUGCUAAAGAAAUUGAAGAAAUGGUUACAUUUCACCGAACACGUUGUAUAUACUAUUAG